AUGCACUACAAAGCUUGGGCCUGUAAAAUUCUGGCACCUAAGAGAAGCAACGGAGUGCCUAAAGAGGACCAGGUGAUCUACGAGGACGAGAUCGGUAGGGAGAUCGGCGACGAUAUGGGGCCGAGAGGGAGGGAGGCGCUGCGUAACGAGGAGCACCUGCAUGGGCCGAAAAUAACAAAAUGGCGCUUGCGCACGUACGUCAAAUAUAUGUCGACUGAAACCGACCAACAGGCGGCAUCGUUGGACACAGGCCGGUCCAGAGUCGCUGGAAGGAAGGCGAAAAAAAGCACCCCUCCGUUGAUGCUGGCGCGCCUUACUGCGCUGACGUGCUUCUGCAGAGUAGAGGCCAUACUCUUCGACGAGCCACUAACAAAACCCUUGGACGACAUCACCGAGGCCCGGCAGCUUCUUGCGGUCAAGCUGCGGCAGCUGCACGACUUUAAGUUCGAGCAGUGCGUCGAUCCACACCGGGGCUCGCUCGACGAUGUUUACACGGAGGAGCAGUUCCGCAUUCUCGUUUCAGACAUCCUGCCGUACUGGGCCAAGGAGUACUUUCGGGAGUCGAUGAGUUACCCCAGUCAGUCGCUAUGGAGGGCCUUGGCCGUGAGGGUGAUGAUCCUGAUGGCGCAUCACAUGCUGGGCAGGGGGAUAAGCAUCCGCGAGAUCCGCUACUGCAAUAUGUUCACUCACGUCCUUCCGCCCAUCACGAACAGCAAGGGGGAAUCGUCGAUCCACGUUCUCGUGGUCGCCUAUCGCAACUCGAAGACCAUCAAAGACAACAAGCUCGGCCACCUGUACCUGACUCGACACAUGGACUUCCGGCAGUGCGGCUUCGGAGCAGUGUUCAUGUGGAUACAUUUCAUUUUCGACCUUGUGCCGCUCCACUACAACAACGAUAAGAUCGUGCCCCCCUUGGAUUUCAGCAACCCGGAAAACUGGUCAAAGAAGCACCUGUUCUUCGCCCUCUUCGACAACGACAAGACCGAGUUGCCGUACGCGACUCAUGCCAAAUGGGUUACCUAG